AUGCAUGCAAACAUAAUGGCGACAAGCAUAGAUUCGGUUGCUCGCACACGAGAGAAGGAGAAAUUCGCAGAACUUCUGACUAGCAACAAAGGCGCCACCUCCCCCAACGACCGUGACAAGGAUGGUAACAGCCUGACUCAUUUGGCAGCUUUACACGGAAACGUUCCAUUACUUUGUUUCCUCUUGGAAAACGACAUAAUUGAAAUGGAGGCGCGUAACGCACUCAACCAAACACCCCUGUUCUUUGCUGUCCUCUCCAGCUCCAUUGAAACGGUGCGACUUUUCCUCGAGGCCGGAGCCUCAUUCGACGUUGCAGAUGCUAAUGGCGAAACGGUUGUUCAUAUUUCGGCAAAGGUUAACAAUCUCGAUAUAACUGAGUUCAUCUCCACAGUUGGUACCAACUUGAAUUGUGUAAAUGCUAUGGGCGAGUCAGCACUACACGUCGCGUGCAGGUUGAAUAACCUCAGCAGUGUAAUAGCACUUUCUGCGGCCGGUGUUAAUCCAAACACUAUUUCUAACGAUCAGCUCAGUCCGUUGCACUUGGCGGCCAAAUCUGGUGACCUCGAACUCGUUCGAGGGCUUUUAUUCUAUGGAGCCGAUUCCGCGUCCCCUAAUGGACUGGGGAUCACAGCGGACGUUACGGCUUACGCGCUUGGUCACAAUGACGUUGGAAAGCUUAUUACAAGCAUCACGCCAGAACGCCUGGUGAAGUUUCGGGAGAAGUUUGAGCCACUAGCAAAAAAACCGCGCAUCAAGUUGAAACUGUUCGGUUCCUCUCUCUCGGGUAAAACAGCAUUGUCGACAUCCUUGCGUUCCGGAGUUGUAACUGGCUACUUGAAACGAAAAAUGAAAGCCAUCAGUCACAUCGCUGAGUGGCUUUCGGAAGGUGAAACCAAUAUCAAAUACAUCAAUAUCUCCAAAAGAAAAACGAAAAUGUUCUACGCUGAACACGACAACUACACGCGGGGGAUUGACAUUAAGAGUCAGUUUAAUGAUGUGUUAGCAACGCUUUCUGCUCCCGACACGUACUAUCCCUUAGGCGAGAGUGCAGUCUCAACAGUCUGGCUUGAUGUUCAUGAUGAUCCGGUUGAAAUAACUGCUGCCUUUUAUAACAGUCAUUCAUGUUUUUUUUACUCGAUGCGACUAUUCCUAUCUUUAGAUACACCGGAAUUCAGCAUAUGGGAAUACUCCGGUUACAAACCAUACUACUUCCUUUAUUACUUCUUCAUUGGAAAUACAAGCUGCAUCCAUGCCGUCGUCUACAGCCUAAAAGAUCCACCUUCUGUCCAGCGGGAGAAAGUUUCGUUUUGGCUCACCUUCAUUCACAGUCGUCUGCCAAUGCAAGAGGGUUGGUUCGCCCAAAAGUUUAAGCGAAUAAUAAAGUCUCGCAUGGAAAUACCAACAGUCCCCAUCAUUGCUGAAGUCAUCUCAAAUCGUCUGGAAGAGUGGAACCGAGCUCAUUAUGUCUCCAUUAAGUACUGGCCCCAAUUCAUUCACCUAGUCCAAACCCGUAUCAAUCCUCUGUGCACAGAGGCCAUUCUGCGGGAAACCGUUCAAUUUCUUCAGUAUACGGGUGAUCUAAUCGUGCUGGAAACGGAGGAUGAGAACGAUUUAAUAAUUUUAAAUCCGUCGUGGAUCUUGACAGAGGCCGUCGGCAAUCUCUUCUCACAGGACAGCAUCAGCCAUGCUCGUGUAACAGGCAGUUUUACCACUGAUGAUUUGCACUUCCUCAUUACUGAAAGUGACGUUGACAUGGUGGUCGAGGUGCUGACCGCCCUUGAGUGCUGUACCGUCUGUCAACAGGUCAAAGAUAACAAUGACGGCGUUAGUGGGAACGGUGACAAUCUUCUCCAGUUAGAGGUACGGAAACAAUCCAUCCAUUCAUUUUUCGAAGACGCAGUGGCAGGAACCACCUUAGAGACAUCUCAGGCUGAGGAGCUGCAGCUGGAGAUUCCGAGGUUGAACCUUAUUCAGCCUUCGGACUUGGAAGAAGUCUGGGGAAGUGGAAAAGAGAUGUUAAGGACCGGAGUGCAGUUUAGAGCCUCGGGAGCACAGCUCAUCCACCUCUUUCCGCGAAUUCAGUGCCGCCUGCGGAGAGCUGUGACUAAGUUUUCUGAACAGGAGGGUCUAGAGGGUCCGGAGCUAGUUCAGUGGUUGCACGGGAGUAGGCUCACCUUUAACAAAGCCCUUAUCAACAUUUGUCUUGUCUGUGAGGAAACAGAAGAGGCGAUCGAAGUGAAACUCGAAACGCAUAGCUCGCUGACACUUUUAGCAUUCAGCUGUUUCCAUGACACCAUCAUUCUCGUCCGCACAGCCCUAGACGAGAUCGUUCCUCAGCUCUCAAUAUCCAAUUGCCUCCUCAUCUUCAAAAUCACCACCUCCAGAAUUUGCAAAGAAGUGGUCUCUCAGCCAACAAUUUUCCACCUUCUCACCACUGAUUCAGGAACCUUUACUCUCCUUGAAGGGACUCUUUUCCUCCGGAACCCCCAACUUCGAUCCUGUUGCUAUUUCGGAGAUCGCAUCCCAUCAUCGUGGAUUCGCGAUGAGGUGCUUCUUGGGGUGUGUUCACAAUUGGACAAUGAUGACAGUCUCUCAGAGACUCAGCUAAGGGACUUAAGUUGCCUUCUCAAUAAUGAUCCACAGAGCUCGUCGUGGGUAGAACUGAGUUCCCAUGAUAAUCGUCUGAAUCGACUACUACAGAUGUUAGUAGAUUGGCGUGAUUGUUCAGGCGAUGUUACGGUUGGUCGGCUAAUCUCUUCUCUCCAAACUGUCGGAUUGACAGCGAUUUCAACGCUGUUGCAGGAGAGCCUGCCUGUCUUUGUAAUGAAGGACCCGAUAGCUACGGCUGUUGAAUAA